CUCUGGCUGCAGCUGAAGACCGCUCCUUCGGCCAGAAGUUGGAUCCAGUCAAUGAAAGUUUCUUGUUGCGUGACUUUUCAGUGUUGUUGCACAAAUGACACUUGGUUUGGGUAAAGGAGAUUUAUGAGAGCCAGGCUCUGGGUGUGGGAUGAGCCUCUCCUGCCCAGCCGGCUCUAUCUAGUCCGCGCCGUCGCAGGGUGAAUUCUCGAGUCUCGGAGCUUUCAUCGCGAGAAAUGCAGGAUUAGUCACGCCGUUGGACAGUUCCCUCGCCGCUCGGACGCGCGCACGGCUGCGCGCACGAGGCCCCGCCCCCCUCCCGGCCGUCCGCAUGCUGCCCGCGCGCCUGGGUUGCAGGCUGCUGUGCGGGAUCCUGCGGGGCUCGGCGCCGACCGCAGCGUGCCAUGGCCCUGCACGGUGGCUCCUGGGGGCUAAGUGGGCGGCCGCUUUCUCCCAGAGCCUAUCCUCCCUGGGCCGCCGGCUUCCUCCCAGCUCCACGGCGACCGAGGACUACGAGGAAGGCCCCGACACGGAGGAGCGCUUUCUGUUCCCGGAGUACGUCCCGACGGAGCCGGACCCUGAGGAGCAGCUGAGAGAGCUGCGGGAAUUGCAGCAGCGGCAGCAGGAUGAGGAGCGACAGAGGUUGCAGCGGCGGGAGGAGCGGCUUCAGCGGAAGCUGCGGGCAGGCCUCGGGUCUCUGCAGGUCCCCGAGCUUCCUCCAGACACCACGGUGCCGCCCAGCGGCGUGUACUGCUCGGGCUGCGGGGCCGAGCUGCACUGCCAGCACCCCAGCCUGCCCGGCUACCUGCCGGAAGAGAAGUUCCACGAUGCGACACAGGCGGACGGCGGCCCGGCGCGGACGGUAUGCCAGCGCUGCUGGCUGCUGGUGCAUCACCGACGUGCGCUGCGCCUGCGGGUGAGUCGCGAGCAGUACCUGGAGCUAGUGAGCGCGGCGCUGCGGCGCCCGGGGCCCGCCCUGGUGCUCUAUAUGGUGGAUCUGCUCGACCUGCCGGACGCCUUGCUACCCGACCUGUCCAACCUGGUGGGUCCCAAGCAGGUCUUCGUACUGGGGAACAAAGUGGACCUGCUGCCCCAGGACGCGCCCGGCUACUUGCAGCGGCUGCGGAAGCGGCUGUGGGACGACUGCAUCCGGGCCGGGCUCGUGGUGGCUCCUGGCCACCGAGGACCACAGAACCCUGCCGGGGAUGAGCCUCAGGACAAGGAAAAGAAUCGGAAUCGCUCGACCAGGGCCGGCACCGUGGUCAAGGACGUGCGGCUGAUCAGCGCCAAGACUGGCUAUGGCGUGGAAGAACUGAUUUCUGCACUUCAGCGCUCCUGGCGCUACCGCGGCGACGUCUACCUAGUGGGCACCACGAACGCCGGCAAGUCCACUCUCUUUAACACACUCCUGGAGUCUGAUUACUGCACUGCCAAGGGCUCCGAAGCCAUCGACAGGGCCACCAUCUCCCCCUGGCCAGGUACUACACUAAACCUCCUCAAGUUUCCCAUUUGUAACCCGACUCCUUACAGAAUGUUCAGAAGACAAAGAAGGCUUAAAGAAGAGGCGACCAAAGCUGAAGAAGAUCUCAGUGAGGAAGAGCAAAAUGAGCUCAAUCAACUGAAAAAGCAUGGUUACAUGAUAGGAAGAGUUGGAAAAACAUUCUCAUACUCCACAGAACAGAAGGAAGAAGUUCCCUUUGAGUUUGAUGCCGACUCGUUGGCCUUUGACAUGGGAAAUGAGCCUGUUGUAGCUGCACGCCCAUGUACCAAACAAGUAGAACUGACCCCAGAAGACGUGAAAGACGCCCACUGGUUUUAUGAUACCCCUGGGAUUACAAAAGAAAGCUGUAUUUUAAAUCUUCUAACAGAAAAAGAAGUAGAUAUUGUUUUGCCAACACAUUCUAUUGUGCCAAGAACAUUUGUUCUCAAACCAAGAAUGGUUCUAUUUUUGGGUGCUAUAGCCCGAAUAGAUUUCCUAGAGGGAGAUCAAUCAGCUUGGUUUACAGUCGUGGCUUCCAACUUCCUUCCUGUUCAUAUCACGUCCCUGGACAAGGCAGAUGCUCUGUAUGAGAAGCACGCAGGCCACGAGUUACUGCAGGUUCCAAUGGGUGGAAAAGAACGAAUGGCACAGUUUCCUCCUCUUGUGGCUGAAGACAUUACAUUAAAAGGAGGCGGAGAAUCUGAAGCAGUAGCUGAUAUCAAGUUCUCCUCUGCAGGCUGGGUUGCAGUAACACCUUACUCUAAGGGCACACUGCAUCUCCGAGGUUACACGCCUGCAGGAACUGUUCUGACCGUCCAGCCCCCUGUCCUGCCGUAUAUCGUUAACGUCAAAGGACAACGCAUCAAGAAAAGUGUGGCCUAUAAAACAAAGAAGCCUUUGUCCCUGGUGUAUAAUCUGGUGAAGAAAAAGUGACGCAGAACUGGAUUCACACUGGAUAGUAACAAUAGUGAAAUAUGUUGAAAUUUGUAUUAUAUAUAAAAAUAAUAAAGAUAAGUGAGGCAGAACUGGACUCAUACUGGAUAGUAAGAAUAUUGAAAUGUGUUAAAUUGUAAUAAAUAUAAAAAUAAAGACACACAAACAACUAUCAUUUUAAAAAUCUCAAGUGAA